AUGCAUAUGUGGAUCAUGAAGCUCAGUCUAAGAGAGCUUCGUAUUGCUCCUGAGAAGCAUCCUGUGCUUCUCACUGAGGCACCUCUCAAUCCCAAACCUAACAGAGAGAAUAUGACACAGAUCAUGUUUGAGACUUUUAGCGUUCCAGCAAUGCAUGUUGCUAUCCAGGCUAUUGUUUCUCUUUAUACUACAAGUGGUCGUACUACUGGUAUUAUGCUGGAUUCUAGUGAUGAUGUAAGUCACAUUGUCCCCAUUUAUGAGGGGCAUGCUCUGACCCUUGCCAUCCUUCGUCUGAACCUUGCUCGUCGUGACCUCACAUACUAUCUUAUGAAGAUCCUCACUGAAAGAGGUUACAUGUUCACCACAUCAGUUGUGAAGGAAACUGUCCAUCACAUGAAGAAGAAGCUUGCUUACAUGGCACUUGACUAUAAGCAGAUGCUUGAGACUGGCACUGCCAAGAACAGCUCAUCUGUUGAGAAGAACUACGAAUAA